AUGAAACAUGUAGACGCGUUAAAUAGGAACCCAAUCGAUACUGUGAAUGUGAAUCGCCUUGAAGUGUCGGACUGGUUUUAUACCGUCCAGUAUCAGGAUGACAAGUUGAAGCGAAUCAUUGAUCAGCUUAGGGAUGGCUCAGCCGCCACUGAAAUAUCCAAUAGUUAUGUAUUCUCAGAUGAUAGAUUGUAUAAAAAGACAUUGCAUGGUAAUCGUCUCGUAGUGCCAGCAUUAGCUCGAUGGAGGCUAGUCCAAAUGCACCAUGAUGACAUAGGACAUGUGGGUUUCCAAAAGUGUAUAGACUUAAUAAAAAAAGACUACUGGUUUCCAAAAAUGACUCGCUUUAUUCGAAAGUAUGUUACUGCUUGCCUUCAUUGUGCUUAUGGUAAGAGUGGUCAUGGUAAAAAGGAAGGAAAAUUGUUCCCUAUUCCCAAACCCACAGAGCCCAUGAUCAUGAUUCAUGUCAACCACUUGGGCCCCUUUUGCAAGACAGCUAAAGGCUAUCAGUAUAUGCUGGUUAUAACAGAUUCCUUUUCUAAAUUUGUUAUUGCUGAGCCAACUCGAACAGUCAAUUCGGUGGAAACCAUUAGAACACUCAGAAAAAUAUUCAGCUUAUUCGGAUACCCCGAUAAACUUGUAAGUGACCACGGGAAGGCUUUUACCAGUAGAUACUUCAAAAAGUUCUCAUCUGAUAAACAGUUUAGGCAUAUCUUAACCUCCGUUGCAUGCCCGCGAGCGAAUGGUCAAGUGGAACGCACUAACCGUACCAUAUUGAAUGCCUUGCGUGCCACAGAUGCUAGCGAGGCUGCAAAUAACUGGGCGAACAGCUUACCUGAUAUUCUAUGGGGUAUUAAUAAUACCGCGAAUGAAAGUACAACCUACAGACCUUAUGAUUUGAUGUUUUCCAAAAGCUCCAGGCCACGUUGUGACAUCGUUGGCAAUGGAAGUGUUAGUGAGCCAGUGGACGUUAGGCGUAACAAAGCUAGUAAACAGUUAAAACUAGCGAGUGAUAGGAUGAAACGUAACUUUGACAAGAAACGCAAAACAAGCCGUGUCUAUAAAAAGGGGGAUUUAGUUCUUUGGCGGCAAGCACCAACAAGCAGUACGUCGAAGGUAAACACUAAACUUGACGACGUCUUCUCGGGUCCAUAUAUCGUAAUCAAGGUGUUGGGUAAUGACAGAUAUAGGAUCAGAAGUAUUAAGGGUCUCCGAGGCUACAGGGCCUUCACAGGCCUUGUUGCAGCGGACUCCUUGAGGCCCUAUCACAGUACGGUUCCCAUAUCUGACAGUGCCAGCAGUUCUGAUGAACAACUGGAAACCGAAGACCUUAUUGACCUGCUAGAAAGUUAA